UGUGUUUUUAAAGUUUUGGUGAUACUGAAUCAUGUUCCCAUUUAUGCUUUUUUCCACUCUGUUUUCUUCCAUAUUCACUGAACCUGGGGAGCAACAUUGGAUCUGCAAUUCCUCUGAUUCCAGUGUUUGGUAUACCUAUUGUGAUGACAUGAAAGUUCCUAUUUCAAUAGAUCUUAAUCCCUGUAUAACAUUGAAGGGAAGCAAGGGAUAUUUGCAUAUUUCCUACAUUCCAAGAAGAGAUAUUAAAAAAUUAUAUUUCAAUCUCUAUUUAUCUUUUCACUCCAUGCAUUUUCCAAUGCGCAAAGAAGUUAUUUGCCGAGGAUCUGAUGAUCUUUAUUCUUUCUGCAGAGCUCUGAAGGGAGAGACUGUGAAUACAACAGUAUCUUUCUCCUUCAGGGGAAUACGAUUUUCAAAGGGACAGUACAGAUGUGUUGCAGAAGCCAUCUCUGGAGAUCCUGAAGAAAUGCUCUUUUGUUUGAAUUUUACCAUCAUACACCACCCUGAUUUCAGUUAGAAUAAAUAAAGUAUAUUUUUAUUUUUCA